AUGGUGGAGGCGGGUCCGGAAGAGAAACGAGCCCGCCAACGGCGGGGACCAGACGUCAAGGCCGCCUCGGUGAAGAAGCCCAAAUCCAACGACUCGUCCCAAGGUGCUGCCGCCCCCUCCGAACCCUUUACGAUCCAGAUUAUCACGGGAUCCUACGACAGGAUCCUCCACGGCCUAACGGCCCUCGUCACCCCAGACGACAAGGUCGACUUCGCCGACACCUUCCUUUUCAACGCCCACACGACGGCGAUUCGAUGCGUGGCGCUCUCGGAGCCGUCGGCGCCGGUGCCGGGCCAGGGCCAAAAAGUGUUCCUCGUCUCGGGCAGCACAGACGAAAAGAUCAACGUAUACAGCCUGUCGGCGCACCCGCCGAGCCGCAAGAACCAGGACCUGCUGGCCAAGGUGGCGCCGCGGCCGAUCCUGGAGAACCGCAAGAACCGGGAGAUGGGCACGCUGCACCACCACGCGUCGACGGUGACGAGCGUGGCGUUCCCGACGCGGGGCAAGCUGCUGUCGGCGAGCGAGGACUCGACGAUUGCGGUGACGCGGACGAGGGACUGGUCGCUGCUGUCGGCAAUCAAGGCGCCGAUCGCGCAGCCCAAGGGGCGGCCGAGCGGCGACACGGCACCGUACCAGGGGACGCCGAGCGGGGUCAACGAUUUCGCGGUGCACCCGAGCCUCAAGACGAUGAUUAGCUGCAUGAGGUUGUGGAACUUGGUGACGGGCAAGAAGGCGGGCGUGCUGAAUUUCGGGAGGGCGCUGCUCCGGGACGCGGGCGAGGGCAGGCACUCGACCGGGGAGGGGAGGCUGGUGCGCUGGGGCCGCGGAAAGGAAGGGGACGAGUUUGCCGUGAGCUUUGAUCGCAGCGUGAUUGUGUUUGGGGCGGAUGCCGUGGCGCGGUGCAAGGUGUUGCGGGAUGCUAGGUCGAGGGUGCAUGAUGUUGCUUAUGUCGAGGUUGGGGAGGAGGGUGAGUCGCUCCUGCUUGUGUCGACGGAGGAUGGCAAGGUGUUGUUGUACUCUACGCGGACGGCGGAUCUUGUGCAUCCGAAGAAGAAGAAGAAGACGACGACGAAGAAGGAUGCGGCGGAUGCCGACAGCGAAGAGGAGGAGGAGGAAGAGGACGAUGAUGAUGAUGACGACGAGGUCCUCCCCGGCGCGAAGCUUGUUGGCAGCGUCGGGGGCAGGGAGGAGGGUGUCCAGAGCCGCAUCAAGGCCUUUUCGGUGAUCAAGAAGGGCAAGGGUCUGGGCGAGACGCUCUACAUUGUCGGGGGCAGCAGCGACGGCAAGGUUCGGGUCUGGAAGGUGAGCGGCAAGGCGCUGGCCGGCGGGGAGGAUGAUCCGGCCAAGGUGGGCAAGCUGCUCGGCGUGUACGGGACGCAGAACCGCGUUACGUGUUUGAAGUCUUUUGAAAUGAUACCUAGGCCGGAAGGUGUGGAGGAUAGUGAUGAGGAGGAGGAGGGUUGGGAGGAUGAUAGUGAUGGCGAUGAGGAGGAGGGCGAGGGCGAGGAUGAGGAUGAGGAUUAA